AUGAAGGAGGAGAUGAAAAUAGAGAUGAAAGAGGAGCUGAAAAAGCUGAAAACAAAGCUCAUCAAAGAGCUGAAAAUCACAAUUCAAGAAACUCAAGAAACUCACGUUGAGUCGUUCAAGAAGAUGGAGAUGAUAGCGAUGCAGGAGAUUGUGGGGGAUGAUGAGAAAGUGAAUGAUGGGAAUGAUGGGAAGAAAGAUGAUGUAAAGGAGGACGAUGAGAAGGUGGAUGAUGAUGAGAAGAUGGAUGAGGCUAAGGUGGAGGACGGUGAGAAGGUGGAGGAUGAACAAAAAGAGAACGAUGCGAAGGUGGAGGACGGUGAGAAGAUUGAUGAUGAGGCUAAAGUGGAGGACGGUGAGAAGCUGGAUGGUGUGGCUAAGGUGGAUGAUGUGGAGGUUGAUCUGAAAGUGAAGGUGAAGGAUUUGAAAGUGAAGGUGAAGGAUUUGAAAGUGAAUGUGAAGGAUGAGAAGAGUGUGGGUGUGGAUGUGAAGGCACAGACAAAUGAAGAAAUUAUGGGAGGAGAUGACAAUGAUGACAAUGAUGAUUUCCAGUUAUACAAUACUCCUCCUAAAGGAAAUUAUGGGAGGAGAGUGAGGAAGCCGAAAAAAGAUGACUCGUACACCAACCCUUCCUUGUCAAAAAUGCCCAAGACAAAGGAUCCAAUGAAAGUGAAUCACCUUCAAAAAUUUGAAGAUGAGCUGCUGGAUAAAGUAAAAGCGUGGUUGGUUGAUCCAGAAACCGAUAAUUUGACAAAGGAUGUACAUACUUGCCAAGCAAAGAAGGAUAUGUUUGUUAGAGUUAUAACAAGAUUGACAUGGCUUGAAGACACUGAAAUCGAUGCAUUCUGCCAUCUUUUGCGGAAAAGGAUUUCCUACUAUCCCAAGACAUAUAAAAAUUCACAUGUGGCAAUUGGGGAUUGCUUAUUGUCGGACAGAAUCAGGAGAGAGCACAAGGCUUUUAUUAAGGAUCCUGCUAACUAUCCAGUCGCCGAAUUCAAAGACUAUUACAUGGCCGCACCACAUAGAUAUAUGCCAGAAUUGUCAACAAUUGACGAUGUCUACAUGCCUGUGAACAUUAACCAGAAACACUGGAUUUUGUGUGUAGCACGUCUUCAAAAGUACCGCAUUGACGUGUACGACUGUGAUACCUAUCUUUAUAAGAAUCUGGAUCCUUAUUUGAAACCCUUCUGCGACAUGAUUCCACAUAUAUUCUCAAAGUUAAUACUCUUCGUUUCGCUAAGUUAG